AUGACACGCGGAGCUCCUCAAAAUCAAUCCAGGCUUCGCAUCCCAAGCCACAACCCAAACCUGGGCCCUCGCCCCGUCAUUCCACCGCGCCCUGUCCUCCCGAAGAACCCGCAGGAGCUUCGGAAGACCAAAGAGUAUAAGGCUGCUGCGCGGCGGUGGACUUCUUCAAUUGUCGCGUUGCCGAUUGUGAUGUAUACAUCGUGGAUUCUUUAUGAGAGGAUAUACGGCGACAAAGCGCCAAAGAAAUUGGUCAAUUCGUCGACGUCUUCGUCUUCGUCAUCGUCAUAG